CAAAGGCAUCCCCGCGUACAAACAGGUGGGAUUUCGGUUCCUGUGCAGCGACGCCAAAGGAAACAGCGCCAUCUUCCGCAUAUACACGAUUGAGACACGUUUAAUUCUAUUAAAACCAAAUACAGUACAUGUAUGAUGAUUAAUAUCGCGUGACAACAAUUCACUCACAGUUUUAAAACACGGUGCCGACGGAAGGCAGCAGUUUUAUUUCGGCGUCCAAAUGGCGGAGAAUGUCGUUAGUUGUCAAAGCGAGCAGAGUGUUGUGCAGUUCAAGUUUCGCCAAGCCUCCUUUGACGUGCUGACGGACUUUCUUACGAACCUCAACGAGAAAAACAAAGAGAACAUCAACAGUUUGUCCACAUGCAGCGGAGUCUUCAAAGAUAAAAGACUCUUCGAAUAUGCUUUGCUGAUAUCUCAAGAGCUCCGACUGGACCCGCUGGCCGGCUACCACGCCGUUGAAUUACUUCAAAGGUUCAUGGUCAAGCACAUCACACGCUUGCUCGGCGCGCCGUCGCCUCAAGGUGCGACCCAGGCCAAGACAGGGAGCCGCGAGGACGCCGUGUUCGAGCACCUGGAGUCGAAGUUCGCCCUGAUUGUGUUUUCCUGCGUGCAGCUGGCCAGCAAGCUGUCCCUGCACAGCCACAUCAUCGACAUCAACACGGCCGUGCGCUUCCUGCGCUCCGUCGGCCUGGACGUCUCCAAGCAGGCUGUCCUGGAAUCGGAGCUGAUGGUGCUGAAGGGCCUGGAGUUCCAACUGGACGUGCCCAACCCCCUCACAUACGUGGAAGUCCUCCUGGAGGUUCUCGGCCACAACGAGCCGUCCACCCCCGUGGAGCGCCUGCAUCACCUGUGCCGCCAUGUUCUCCAGCUGGUCAGCCUGCAGCGCCGCGCUCUCUACGACGCCCUGCUGGCCGCCACCACGCGGACCCGCGACCCCACCAGGGAGCAGAGAGAGAAGUUUGUGGCGGUGACCGAAGACUGCAUGCUCCUGGCGGUUGGCGUCAUCGCUGUGGCGACCUUCAUCCUUCACGUCAGAGAAUGGGAGCAGGUGACGGAGGAGCUGAGCCACAUCACCGGGAUUUCGACGAGAAGCAUCGGCGAUUUCGCCCGCGCGGCGCUCACCAUUGUUGUUGCAGGCCCUCAGACGCCAACUAGAUAAGUUUAGUCUUUCCUUCUACUGUGUGUGUGUGUGUACACUUUAGUACACUAGCGCUUUACAGAACAGGAAGUAAAAAGGAACUCUCCCAAUGCUAA